AUACCCCUCUUUCUCUCUCUUAUCUCACUCUACCUGAAAGUACACCAAAGCCCCCCCCCCUUCUCUCAGGUUCCUCUUGCCUCUGUCUCUCUCCGUCCGUACAUCUUUUCGAUCUGUCCGAAUCCCUCAUUUCCUGCUGCGAAGCCACGAUCUCCGGCACUCUGAUUCUCCGAUCCUUCGAUUUCCUGACCUAAAGACACGGACUUGUACACAUUCAUCGUUCGAGUCCACUGCGUCACUCUGAUUCUUCUGCAACGAUUUUCCGUCAAAAUAUCGGACUUGGGCAUGUUUGUCGUUGGUAGGGACUCGUGCUGCAAUCUUGAUUCCACGGGGAAUAGAGCGUGAGGUAGAGUGUGAUUUUGUGUGGGUGUGCGAGGGAGAGACUUUUUUUUUUCUCCGAGCUGAGGAUGAGAUACGAAGGAUGAACGAUGCCGGUACUGCGUAGUGGAGCGCGCAGGGGCCGGGCAGCAGCGAAGCAGCAGCCGAAUCCUAAUCCGGCCGAAGUUGGGGAAGCUAUUGCGACGAGGACACGUCGAAGACGUGCGGCGGCAGAAGCAGCAAACAACACCAUCAAUAACAACAAACAGAGACAGCACCAAAGAGGGGCCGAUGAGAACGUAGUUGUCGCGAGGGCGGAGGAGAAAGAGAAACUAGGAUUGGAGGAACGUGGCGGUGGCGGCGGUGGCGGUGCGGAGGAGGAGGAGGAGAUAGGGGAGAAGCAGAUGGAUGACUGCGAUAGCGGUGGGAGGAGUAAUGAAAAGGUGCAUGCCGGUGAAGACGAAGGAAGCACCGCCCCGCUUCCUGAGAAGGUUCAAGUCGGUGGUUCCCCGAUGUACAGAAUAGAUAGAAAGUUGGGCAAGGGUGGGUUUGGACAAGUGUAUGUUGGUCGGCGUGUUUCUGCUUUAAGUGCAAAUGAGAGAACUACAGGCUCUGGAGCUGUGGAGGUGGCCUUAAAAUUUGAGCACAGAAGUAGCAAAGGAUGUAACUAUGGACCGCCAUACGAGUGGCAGGUGUACAACACUCUUGGUGGCAGUCACGGAGUACCACAUGUACACUACAAGGGCAGACAGGGUGACUAUUAUGUCAUGGUUAUGGAUAUGCUAGGUCCAAGCUUGUGGGAUGUUUGGAAUAAUAACUCUCAUACAAUGUCCAUUGAAAUGGUUGCAUGUAUUGCCAUUGAAGCAAUAUCCAUUUUGGAGAAGAUGCACUCUCGAGGAUAUGUGCACGGGGAUGUAAAGCCUGAAAAUUUUCUGCUUGGUCCUCCUGGAACUCCUGAUGAGAAGAGGCUGUUCCUAGUUGAUCUUGGAUUAGCUACUAGAUGGAGAGAUAAUGGAACUGGCAUGCAUGUUGAAUAUGACCAGAGACCAGAUGUUUUCAGGGGAACGGUGCGUUACGCUAGUGUUCAUGCUCAUUUAGGGAGAACUGGUAGCAGGAGAGAUGAUCUAGAAUCUCUUGCUUAUACACUUGUUUUCCUUCUUCGAGGUCGUUUGCCUUGGCAAGGGUACCAGGGAGAAAAUAAAGGUUUCCUUGUUUGCAAGAAGAAGAUGGCAACAUCUCCAGAAACCAUGUGUUGCUUCUGUCCACUACCGUUCAGACAGUUUGUUGAACAUGUGGUGAACUUGAGGUUUGAUGAAGAACCCAAUUAUGCAAAAUAUAUUUCGCUUUUUGAUGGAAUUAUCUGUCCAAAUCUAGAUAUCAGACCUAUAAACACAGAGGGUGCACAGAAGCUUAUUGGUCAUAAGAGAGCUCGAUUGGCAGUGGAGGAGGAAGAAGAUGAUGGACAACCGAAGAAGAAAGUUCGCUUAGGAAUGCCAGCAACGCAAUGGAUUAGUGUUUACAAUGCCCGUCGACCAAUGAAACAAAGGUAUCACUAUAAUGUGGCAGAUGCAAGGCUUUCCCAGCACAUUGAAAAAGGAAAUGAGGAUGGAUUAUUUAUCAGCAGUGUAGCUUCAUGCCAGAACCUGUGGGCAUUAAUUAUGGAUGCUGGUACUGGUUUCACUUCACAAGUUUAUGAACUCUCACCUUAUUUUCUUCACAAGGAAUGGAUAAUGGAGCAGUGGGAAAAGAACUAUUAUAUCAGCGCAAUAGCUGGAGCAACAAAUGGGAGCUCCUUAGUAAUAAUGUCCAAGGGCACGCAGUAUUUGCAGCAAUCUUACAAAGUUAGUGAUUCAUUUCCUUAUAAAUGGAUAAACAAAAAGUGGAGGGAGGGCUUCUAUGUUACUGCAAUGGCCACUGCUGGGAUCAGAUGGGGAGUUGUGAUGUCUCGUGGUGCUGGAUUUUCUGACCAGGUUGUGGAGCUAGACUUUCUUUAUCCUAGUGAAGGUAUUCAUCGGAGAUGGGAUUAUGGAUAUCGAAUCACAGCAACUGCAGCAACUUGGGACCAGGCUGCUUUUGUUCUUAGUGUUCCAAGGAGGAAGCCUGCAGAUGAAACACAGGAGACACUCCGAACAUCAGCUUUUCCUAGUUCACAUGUAAAGGAGAAGUGGGGGAAGAAUCUUUAUAUUGCAUCGGUUUGUUAUGGAAGAACUGUUUCGUGAUCUGAAUGUUGUUUAGGGUGCCAAUGUGCAUGUAGUAGUAUGUUGCUCUCAUUGCCUUCUCUCCAUUUGGGAUGCCCUGGUAUUCAAAAUGGUAUUUUCCCCGGCUUUAGAGAAAUUUUGAUGGCUAAAAAGGCUUAAAUUAAAUGUAAGUAAGGUACAGACUGUAGAAACUCUUAUUUUGUGUUCCUCAGUUUGUGUAGAAAUUUGGUGGUGUUUACUUAUCAUUAUAGCCCAUCCUGGUGAAAACAGGAAAUCUCAAAUCUGUUUUUUUUUCCUUGCUCUGUAUCCAGCACGCCAUCACUUAAAUAUCACAUUACUGCUCAUUUGGGGUGA